AUUUCAGUGGGGAUUUUUUGUUCGAGAAUAAUUUCCAGUUGUUGAGGAGGGUUUUGAGACCUGUUUGUGUAGGCGAGCCAGACAUCAUGUGAUGGAAUGGAUUUUGUGGAAGUGCUUCAGAGAGGGGGAAAAGAGUUAAGAAAAUACUAAUUUUAACUCCAAAUUACGAUAGAUAUUCAUAUUAAAAGCAUUAGGGCAAACCAUGAUCGGCUAUCGAUAUAGUUUCCUAUUUCAUACUUAGAACUAGAAAUAUCUACAGAACACUUGGUGUGUUAUUACAUUAUGUUACCUAAUUGUUUGCAAAGGCAAUAAGGGCAGCAUUCAAGUACACUGAUCGCCUGCAUAUGCUGCACAAGUAAUUUUCUAAGCCAGUGAGUUGGACAACAUGCCGAAAAACAAAUUCCUUUUGAGUCUUAAAUGACAAUACGUUUCGUUCGUUAAAUAGUCGGGAGUUUAUCCAGUUAUUCUUUUACAAAUGCCAAUCAUACUACGCCCAAAUUGGAAAACAUAUGUUGGUAAAUUCACAUAUCUUUAUCACGUAAACUUAUUCAUACAGUGUUCCUUCACCGGUGAACAUGUAUUUCAAAUUUGCAAGAGAAAUGGCUUAUUCAGAAACGCGGAUCUGCGCAAUGAGAAACUGAGUUUUAUUUUUAUGUGUUAAGUAUCUCCAAGUCUCUCUUCUUUUUACAAAUUCCAAUCAUACUACGCCCGGCUGAUUAUAAUAUACGUGUCGGAAGAGGCCACUCACAAUGAUUGACAGACAAAGGCACUGACGAUUGGGGAGGAUGGAACGGAAUGACGUGAUGGGCGUGACCUAAACGAUGAUUGACUCGAAGUGUUGACCUGUUGUUUCAUGCGGCGGGGCGAGUGGCGUCAGCCUGUGGGCGGGGCCUAGCCUGAGCCUCGCGCUGCGCUGGGAGCUGCGUCAGAAGAACUGGAAUAGUCAGGCCGGCUGCACGUGAUUCGUUAUCCCGGGAAAAGCGGCGGAUUGGCGGAAGGAUGAUGGAGAUCGAGCGCCCGCUGGCGCAGGAGCAGCAGAGCCUAGAUUUAAUUGACAUCCUGUGGAGGCAGGACAUAGACCUUGGUGUCGUCCGUGAAGAUUUUGAUUAUAACUACAGACAAAAGGAGUACGAACUAGAGAAACAGAAGAAACUCGAGAAGGAAAAGCAGGACCAGUUGCAGAAGGAACAAGAAAAGGCUCUGCUGGCACAGCUGCAGUUAGAUGAAGAGACAGGUGAAUUCGUUGCCAUUCGGCCAGCAAAGCAGAGCGAAAACAAAAUCCCAGGAGAAAUCUCUGAACCUGCACAGAUUACAAAGACAGUAGAGAGAGAUGAUGGAGCUUUGUCGUUUGAUGAAUGUAUGCAACUUCUCGCCGAGUCAUUUCCAUUUGUAGAUGACAUAGAGUCUCAUACAGUUCCACUUGAGCCUUCUAUUCCAGUUCCGGCUCAAACCAGUUCACCGUCAAUGGCUCCAUAUCAGGCUCAGCAAGCUGCUCCUUCAAACCUUUCAACCACAACACCUGAACCAAACUCUCUAGAGGAUUUGGAACAAACCUGGCAAGAGCUACUCUCAAUCCCGGAGCUUCAGUGUCUGUACAUGCAAAAUGAUAACAUCACUAGUACUGGAUUGACAGGAUAUGCUUCCAAGAGCAAACCUUCCGAGAUGCCAAGUGACACCUAUAGCUUCAAUGCAAACCUGCCAGAUGACCAUGUGGCUCUCAGCAAUCCCAGUUUCCUCUCCCUCUUUGAAGAAGUAAUGCCGCCUGAAAGUCCCACACUCCACCAGCUCAAAACAAAUACCUCUGACGGCAUGAACCCCUCAUUCAGCAACAGUCCUUACAGUGAUAUGUUUUUCUCCACACCUCUGAGUUCCCAGAGGAACAGCAACAUUCCCCAGCACACCAAUAUGAAUGACUCACUUACGAGCAUUCUGGAUGAUGCCCUUCUUGAACAAAUCAACAUCUCACACUUGAAAGUGGAUAAAGAAUUUGCUUGUAAGAAGCCACCAAAUUUGCCUGAGGUUCUGGAUUCUGACUCUGGCCUGUCCAUGUGCUCGAGUUCUGGUGGCCCCUCCCCUGGUAAUUCAGUGCAAUCGUCCAUUUGUGGAGAUCCAUCUCACGGUUAUAGUGACUCUGAAGUGGAUGAGAUGGAGAGCAGCCCUGGCUGUGUUCAGCCUGAAUUUGCAGAAUUGUACCCAAUGCAUUUCCAAAAUGACGGACAUUUUCAGGCACCCUCUCUUGACCUUACAAAGUCAAGUAAGAGCCCCAAACUUUACACGAAAGAAGCAAAGGAUGAUCUGCCAGUGAGCCCUGGCCACAGUAAAACCCCAUUCAUCAAAGAUAAGCAUUCUAAACGAGUGGAAGCUCGGCUCACUAGAGAUGAGCAACGGGCUAAAGCACUCAAUGUUCCUUUCUCUGUCAGAAAGAUUAUUAACCUUCCCGUCGACGAUUUCAAUGAAAUGGUUUCCAAGUAUCAGCUAAGUGAGGCUCAGCUCGCUCUCAUUCGUGACAUCCGUCGCCGUGGCAAAAACAAGGUCGCAGCUCAGAACUGCCGCAAGCGCAAACUGGAAAAUAUAGUUGGUCUCGAACAUGAUCUGGAUCAGCUUAAAGAUGAAAAAGAGGAACUUCUCCAAGAAAAGGAGGAGCAUGCCAAAAACCUUCUUCACAUCAAACAACAGCUGAACAGUCUGUACCAUGAGGUUUUUAGUAUGCUACGAGAUGAAGAUGGAAAUCCGUAUUCUCCGUCUGAGUACUCACUUCAGCAGACCAGCGAUGGCAGUGUUUUCCUCGUUCCCCGGAGCAAGAAACUGGAAAUAAAGAGAGAAUGAAAUUCCAAAGGUUUUGUUUAUUGUAUUUUUUUUUAAAUGAGAAGCCGAAACCUGUGUGAAUUGCAAGUUUUAAAACUUUAAAAGUUUUGUGAUCAUAUGUUAAUGAGUCUCCUAUGCAAAAGAAGAUUAUUACCAUUUUUCAUGGCUUCUGGUUUCUUGGAGGUGAAACAGAGAGUGUUAGCUGAAGAUUGACUGAAAAAUGGUCUCUUGCCUAGUUCUUUAAUAUUGAUUAUUUCUGUGCACUGCUUAUUACAUCUUAGAGCUCUUGUAUAGUUUUGUAAAUACUGCACAUCUUAUUUAUAUAUGCAGAUAUAUAUAUCCCAUUUACUAUUAAAUUGAAGGUCUUUCAUAGAAUUAUAAAAAUUAUUUUAGUAAGCUAAUGCUUCUUCUGUUGCAAGUGCCUGUUUUAUACUUUUUUAUUACAUUUCAAAAAUAGAUACAGUAAAUGGAAGAAUUAAAAAUGUAUGACUUCAUUUCUUCGCUUUAUAUAGAAAAGUUAUUAAAUAAAAUGUAUCUUUAACCAUUGCAAAAAUCUUGCCUUG